GAAGUGUCUUUGCUCAUGUUUGUCUCCUGUCUGUCCUCUAACCCUCUGUCCCGGCUCCAGGACAACCAGACCCCGCUCCACAUCUCCAGUCGUCUGGGGAAGCCUGACAUCGUGCUGUAUCUGCUGCAGAAUGGGGCGUGUCCUGACGCCACUACCACCUCUGGCUACACCCCCCUACACCUGGCUGCCAAAGAGGGACACAGAGACGUCUCCUCGGUCCUCCUUGACCAGGGGGCUUCUCCAGACAUCACUACCAAGAAAGGCUUCACUCCCCUCCAUGUUGCAGCUAAGUAUGGGAAGAUGGAAGUGGCCAACCUUCUGCUGCAGAGACACACUGCGCCCGAUGCAGCUGGGAAGAGUGGUCUAACUCCCCUACAUGUAGCUGCUCACUAUGACAACCAGAAAGUGGCUCUGCUGCUGCUGGACCAGGGAGCUUCACCGCACGCUGCUGCCAAGAAUGGCUAUACUCCACUCCACAUCGCGGCUAAGAAGAACCAGAUGGAGAUUGCCACGACGCUGCUGGAGUACGGAGCCGACACCAACGCUAUGACACGUCAGGGCAUCACACCGCUGCACCUGGCCUCUCAGGAGGGCAACGUAGACAUCGUUACCCUGCUACUGGCCAGGGAAGCCACCAUCAGCUUGGGCAACAAGAGUGGUCUGACUCCUCUCCACCUGGCAGCUCAGGACGACAAGGUCAACGUAGCUGAGGUGCUGGUUAACCAGGGGGCCACUGUUGACCCAGAGACUAAGGUACACACACACACGUACACAUGUUCAACUCUGGUCUGACAGCCGUGUAGGUCG